AAUAGCCGUUCAACCGAGAAGGUUGUGUAUAGAAGCGUACAGUUUAAUAACGCUGGUUGGUUUACACGCGUUAAAUACGACAACGGUUGAACUACAGGUAGAGACCUGUUGGCAGCAGCCGUUAAAACGUAAAAUCGUGCUGCAUAAGAGAGCCCUAGUGCUGGGCCAAGCUGGUGAAGGAAACAACAAAGGGCGUUUCCCAAGCUCUACCCAGGCCACAAUAUACAGCCACAAGUGCUGAGCAGGAGAGUGCAAAGGCACAUUGAAGAAGAAGAGUGCAAAGGCACACAGAAGCAGGAGAGUGCAAAGGUACACCGGUGCGAAGGCACUUCGGUGCAGAAGCAUAUCGGUGCGGAGCACUAGGAAGAAGGAGACAAGACAACUCGGUCAUUCCACUGCCAUACAACACGCAGGUAUACACCGGUGACCUGCGCUGGUUACAGCUGGCGAAGACGAAAGCAAAUCGGAAUUCGAGUGGUGCUGGAUGUCAGAUACAUCCAACAAGAACAUCUAGAGCAACGAGGAUCUACACGGCAGUGCAACGGAGAUAGACAACAAUUUCAAGGUAGAAGUUUUUUCUUUUCCUUUUGAUUGAGUACUGUGUAGUGUUGGUUUCAAAUUUUAUUUUAAAGUUUAGUUAAAAAUUUUAAUGUAAUGGAUGAAUCCAUGGACGUAAAUCCUAGCAUGAAUCCGAUACCCCCACGAACGAAAAAAUAUCAGGAGAGCUCUUCUGGGCCUUGGAUAGUCUUUUUUAGACGUAUAUCAAAGCCAUUAAACAUUUUUCAAAUUAAUAAAGGUUUGACAUCACGAUACUCUUCAAUCAAAGAGAUCAUAAAAGUAAAUAACGAUAAAAUUCGUGUUGUGGUAAAUAAUUUGAAACACGCGAAUGAUAUUGUCUCUUCGGAACAUCUCAAUAAAGAGUAUAAAGUUUACAUACCCUCCAAAGAUGUCGAAAUUGACGGUGUUGUUACCGAAGCGAGUCUUUCGGUAGAUGAUUUACUCAAGCAUGGUGUUGGUCGUUUCAAGAACUCUAUGCUUGAGGGUGUGAAAAUACUGGAGUGCAAACAACUGUACUCAGUAGUUCAUGAAGAGGAAAAAAAAGUUUAUCGCCCAUCAGACUCGUUUCGAGUGACAUUUGCCGGGUCUGCGUUGCCGUCCCAUGUCUAUGUCGAUAAAAUUCGCCUCCCUGUUCGGCUUUUUGUUCCAAAUGUAAUGAAUUGUACGAACUGCAAAAAAUUCGGCCACACAGCUACUUACUGUAGUAAUAAACCAAAAUGUAUUAAGUGUGAAGGGCCUCAUAAAGAUAAUGAUUGCAACAAGGAAAUUGAAAAAUGUAUUUAUUGUGGGAAUAGUCCUCAUGAUGAUAUUUCAGUAUGCACUGCAUUUAAAGUGCACAAAGACAAAAUUAAGCUUUCUUUAAAAGCACGGUCUAAGCGCACAUAUGCAGAAAUGCUUAAAACGGUCAUUGAUGUCCCCCCUUUGGAAACCGAACACGGGUUUUCAAAUCUAGAGGAACCAGAGGACUCUGACUCUGACGAAAAUAGUGAAGGUAAUUCGUUUAUCACUACCCAAGGGUCAGUUAAGAGAAAGAAGUCUUCCUCCAAAUUACCAAAAAAGACACCUAAAAUUUCAUCUUCAAAAAAAGAUCCCCGUGUUAAACAAAAAAAGUCAAAACCAAAGACUGUGCCUCCUGGUUUGUCAAAUUCACAAACCAAUCCAGGAUCUAGUACAGAAAAAGAUAAUAAUCCAGUGGGCUCCAUUUCACAGCCACCAACAGGAUUACUGAAGUUUUCGGAAAUUGUUGAAUGGAUUUUCUCAGCAUUCAAUAUAUCUGAACCCUUAAAGACCCUCAUAAUGGCAUUCCUUCCAAUAGCUAGAAAUUUUUUGAAGCAGUUAUCAGCUCAAUGGCCAAUUGUCUCAGGUUUUGUAUCUUUUGAUGGAUAAUUUAUCACCCGUCGCAAAUGAUACAAUCACUGUCCUGCAGUGGAAUUGUCGAAGCAUCAUGCCAAAACUUGAUUCAUUUAAAAUAUUAUUGCAUAGUCAAAAAUGUGAUGUAUUUGCUUUAUGCGAAACAUGGCUUACUUCAAACAUAGCUUUAAAUUUUAAUGAUUUUAACAUUAUA